AUGAAGGCACAACUGCUCAAGAUGCUGCUGUUACUACAACUCGAGCUGACAAAGGAGCUGAAGACUUUCUGGAAGGAUGCAGUAGCGAUGACGGACAUGGUCACCUGGCUUGGCGCCAUGCUCGGCAUGGACCCGAAGUCGCUGACCCGGCUUCUAUCCAUCCUCUUCUAUGCACACAUCUGCACCUUCAUCACCCUCAUAGGAUCCGCCAUGAUGUUCAAGAGAGGAAGGAAACUUCUGAGGAAGUAUUGGAGGAUAAGCAAGGAAGGGCCGUUCUUCCGCAUCGCUCAAUGGGCCUUCUCUAAGUUUGUUUCUCUCGCCGUAAUGGUUGAUAAGACGCUCUUCAAUGAGACGCUUGUCAGCCCACCAACGAAUACGAGAGUGAAAUUCACAAUAAUUCAAACCCAAAGUGAUAGGAUCAUUUUAAAUUGGGAAGCACAGAAAGCAUGCAGAUGGAUAGAAAACAUGUAUGAGCUCCAGAUUUGCAAAGAUUUGAAUGCAAACACUGACAUACUCGAUGCGAUGUGGGAGGAGUCUUAUCGAGGGGAAGAAUGUAAAUAUGAUUGCAAGGAUCUUGUCCAGUACAGGCAACAAGAUACAGAUUUCGGGUCAGAAUAUUCAACAGUAAAGGGACCUCGAGUUGGACAACUGGCGAGUUUGAGACAAGACAAGAACCUGUGCAGAAUGGAGGCAGUGGACCUGCUAUGCUUGGAAUGUCGAGCAGACGCAAGACCCAAGGACAUUGUGGUCGACUGCAAGCCUCUCGGUCUAUGCGUCUCUGACAAAGGAAUGGGCGAGAAUAAGAUUCUCUUGGCCGGCGAGUUCACAAAACCUGUCUCGCACACUGAUAUUGCGUGGAUCUUGCACCAUGACAAAAAAGACAAGAAAAACAAGGUCUUGAUCGUGUUGCAGAAACAAGAUCCGACCAGCAAACAGAAGGAUCACUGGAGGUCUGUCUUCAAGUCCCAUCCCUUUAUCGAUCCUCGAUUUCUCCCGCACGGAUUAAUUCCAGGGAAGUUCGAAGUAGUUUGA